GAGCAAUAGACAACUUCCGGAGAAUCGUACGAUGGAUUGUCGGAGCACGUUGCUUUGUUUUCUCUAGAUUAACAUCUUAUAAUAUAAGCAAAAAAAUGACUUGUUGUGGGGAAACUUGUUCCAACUAUGGAUGGGACUUUUUCAUGUGGUUUUGUAGAUUUUGGGGUAUUAUUACAGCGUUAAGUUUAUGGGGAACUGGUGUAGAAGCUAUUUACUAUGGACAUAUCCUUGGAUAUUAUAUUACUCUUGCUGGUCUUGCUGUGACUUUCUUUGAGCUGGUAUUUGCUAUGAACUAUAUUGUAGCUGUUUGUCAAGGUGACGAAGAAAGUUGCUGUAAGAAUAUAUGGAAUGCUAUAGUUAUGGUAGAUAAUUGGAAGAAAGGAAUUUUGUAUAUAUUAUUUUCUGUGCCAUGUUUUAUACAGCCUUCUACAGUAUGGCUUGGUAUAAUAUCAGGUGUUAUGCUAAUUAUAAGUGCCAUUUUAUAUAUGAUAAAAACCAAAGGUAGUACAGAAGAAAAUGAAUUAGAUAAAAUUACACAGAAUGCUUCUUAUGAUCGAUUUGACGAGUUACAAGAGGAUGACAUAGAAGAUUGUAUAUUAAACCCAACAGAUCAGUCUACGGGCAUAUCAUUAGCUGAACAGCAAGAAAUUCUAGAAUUAUGAUGUUAAGAAUAAUUUGUUUUAUAUUUAUGUUUUACAUUGUCAGAUCUGUCAGUGCGAAAUAGUGCUAAAUAGUCAUAUUCUUUUUGACGAUUUAUGUUUCAAGAAUGAAAGGAAAAGGUUGCCACCCUUGAACUCAAUAAAGCAGCCUAUUUCAUGUGAUGAUUAAUCAAAUUGAUUUACUCAUACUCAUUUGAAGUCAACUUAGGGAAUUUUUCAAUGAGGGGAGAUGAUUCCCAUUACAAUCUUGGAAAUAUGUGGGAUUUACUAAACAAGAGAAUGGCUGUACACAUUUUAUUUUUUUAGCCAAUUUUAUGAUAUGCAUUAUCAUAUAAGAAUAAUAAGGAAAAUUCUAUUUUAAAACUAUUAUUAAGAGGAAAAUCAAUAGAAAAAUACUUUGAGUGAAUUGAAAAUAAUUAAGUUAUCUCCCUUUGUUGAGCUGAUGUUUUUCUUUCAAGUUCUAAAUAUUUCUUAUUCAAAUUAAAUACUUAAGGAAUUUUCACUAUGUGACACAAACUGCCUUGUUCCAGAUUGAAAUGGUACUUAAUAAAUCUGUAUAGGGUUGAUAUUUGCAUAUGUGUAAUGUUGCUUACAACACUGAUAAUCUUCUAUUAGAAUCUGUUUUAUGAUGCAGCAGAGUCUGUCAAUACCAAACUGAUAAUUGGAUGAUGAAAUAGGUUAAUGUUUACAUAUACCUCGAGAAUGUUACAAUUUGCAGCAGUGAUUAUGAUAUAUUGAAUUCUUAAUGUUAUAUUUAAAAAUGAUGAUACAAGUCUGAAAGAAAGCAUCUCAAAAACAAAUGAUUUCAUACAAAAAUCUUAAAUGUAAAUAAGCUUUUAAGUUUGAAUAUAAAAUAAUGAUGGCCUAUGACCCACUUGGAGAUGAGAAUCCAGUGAUUCAAGUCCACAUUUUUUUGUCUUAGAAAUGAAUUUCAACAUAAGUCAUAAAAUGAAUAUAAUGAAAUUAUGAUUAUGUACAUUACCAAAAUUCAAUCAGAUUUGACUCUGUAAAACACACCCAUUUUAAGUGUUCACCUUAAAUUGUUUAUAAUUUAUUUUUAUAUUAAAUGUUGUAAGUAAGUGUUUUAUUCUUGUGAAGAUAUCUAUAGAGAGUAGGAGGGUAUGGGAGAGUUUUAUAAUGAAUUUUGGUAAGUGUCUGUUAUUAUAUAUGUUAUUUGUGUUUAACACUUGUUAUGUGAAUAAAUGUAUAUUGAUAACUUGAAAGGCAUGUUAAAGGCUGAAUGUUUCUUGUUUACUUUAGGGUAUUUAUUUGUUAGUUUUAGGUUGUGAUUUUUGAUAACUUAUUUAGGUCAUAUGACAUUGCUAAGUAUUAAUUAGUAAUUGAAUCAGUUUUCUUUUUUUCUAUUUUAAAUGUUAGAAAAUAUAAUAUUGGACUUACCUGCCACUGAUCAAGUAUACAUUGUACCAGAUAUUCUCUCAUCUUUGUAGGGAAUUGAAAAAAAAUAUUUGCAUAAAUAUAUAUUUUGACGAAUGAAUUACUCUUAAAAUAAUUCUAUUGUUUCUUAUUCAAGUUGUGUAACAAAAAAACUGGGUUUUCAGUUUGUCUUGACUAUUAUAAGAAGUGAAAUAAAAAAUAAACUGCAGAUUUUAUGCACAUGAUUUUAAAAUAUAAAUAAGAUUAAACAAUACGUGGAAUGAGCUUCUUAAGAGAAGAUCUUCACCUAAAAAAGUCAAGUGAAACUUUUAUUUACUGCUAUUUUAUUUUUUUCUGACGUUGAGAUUAAUGUUAUUUAUUUUAUUCAAUGACACCAAAUGGUCAUUCACAAAUAAGAAUAGAUAUGUCUUCCUAAGAGAUUAAAAUGCAAUAGAUCUGAAAAACUUAUUUCUUUUAAAAACUCACCAUUUUUUGCAUAAUAUUUAUUUUUGAUUGAAAAACAAAAAAAUAUGAUAUUCAAUGUUUUAUAUCUAUAAGUAAGAAAGUUAAUGAAUCUCAUGGAAUAUAAACAAUUUGAACUGAUUUAUACGUAAAACAAUAGAAUGUCUUACAAUGUCUUAAAACAUCUAUUUUAUAAAUAAUUGUUCCACUUUCAUUUGCCUUUAUGUUCUUGCACAUCUAAGUCUGUUUAAUUGGCUCAUUUGUUAUUUUUUCAUUAUACAAAUGAAUACUAAAUAUAUUGAUUAAACCCUUGUACUUUUGUUUAUAUCAUUUAAUUUUUCUGUUUUUUUCUUUCAAUUCCAAUAUAAGCUGUAUCAACUGUUUAAUUGAAAUUUUACAAUAAGCUAAGAUUGUGCUUUGUUUUAGUUUUGUCAGAUGUUAAAUUCAGUUGUGAUCCAUAUUAAUUUUAUAUUGUAUGUAAUUUUUAUUAACAUUUUUGAUUUCUUUGCUUUACAGUUUUACAACAGUUUUGUUGAAUUAUUUAUUAUUAUAUUUAUAUAGCUUGUACAUUAUUGAUCAAAUUUUCAAAACAAUAAAUAUAACUAAGGCUUAUAUACCUGUAUCUACAUGUUAAUCCAUGUGAUUGGUACAUUUGAAUUCUGACUGAUCUCAAGUUAAAAUCUAAAUGGUACUUUUAGUUUGAUACAAUCCUGAUUUGAAUGGUACAUCACAUCAUUGUUAAUCAUCAUCAUUACCACAUAAGCAAUGGCUGCAUUCAUUAGCAGUCUUCUCUGUGAAAAGUUAAGCAAAAGAAAUAGACCACUUUGGAGCUUGUUGCAUUUCUGUCAAAAAUAUUGUUAAAUUGAACAUUAUUCCUGUGUUAGGGGCAUCUUUUAUUCCUUUCCAUGUUGAGCUAUGAAUUGAAAAAUAUGAAGCUAUGUUGCAUAAAUUAUUUGGCAAAUUAUUUUUUUAUGAUUGAUAAUCAGCACUGCUGUCAUUGGGGAAUUGUGAUUAAGUACCUAAGCAAAAAAAAAAGCAUCUAGUUUAUCCUGCAUAAUGAGGAUCACUAAGACGCUUGAUGAACUUUCCAAGAGAAGAACAUAACUUGACAGUGGUAUUUAUAAGUUUAUGGAAUGAAAUCCAAUACUGAUGCAUGAUACCAGCUAUAAAACAUUUUUAUAAACCAGAAAACUAUUGUGGAUACAUGUUCAUAACACCUACACUAAUAUCUAUUUACUCUCAUAUUGGACACAGUCAAUCUAUUACCCUGCUUUGAAGGAGGGGAUGUACUUGUUUACCUGUGUUCAGCCGUUUGAAGCAACAUUCAUUUUAUUUCCUCAUAAACUACAAAUCACAAUUUCCUUAAAUUUAGUAGAAAUAUUUAUAUUAUCAUACCAUAUUGGCUGAUGUGGUUACACAUUAUUCAUUACAAAUUCAAUGGCUUCUGUUGAAAGAAUACUUUAUUAUCAUGUGUGAAAUUUCCUCACAUUUUAGUUUAGGAAAUAGGAAUCCCAGCCUUAACCAUGCUGUAUUUUCGGACAUGUUUUUACAUGUGUUGCUUAUUAAAUUCCUUUCUACUUAAAGUGGGGCACCAUCAGCUUGUUUUAUUGUCUUGAUUAAACAUAGCAAAAUGAAUCCACAUAUGAAUAAUUGCAAUUAAGAAUUUAAAUCAUAAGUUGGGCCCAUCAGAUCAUGCAUAAAUCAUAAAAAUGGGCCCUUCUGCUGGUCAAUAAAUUGUAAAUUGGGCCUGUAAGAUCGUAAAUUAAUGCACCACUUUACCAAGUAUCCUUUUUACAUGGUAUCCAUGUACUUUUAUAAAGUAAGAUCAUGAUAAGUACAUUGAUUAUCAAUUAAAUUUCUUGAAUUAUUGUAUAUUGACAAAUAUUUUGUCUCUUGUGCUCCUUCCUAGUCUGUUAUGAAGUCAUUCAGUUUUUAUUGUUACAAUGUAAUUUAUGUAUAUAUUUAUUAGUGUUUGAAAUGAAAUGUGUGUACAGUUAUGAUUUUUUCUGCUUGUAUGAAUUGAAUGUUAAGAAAUAGAUUUAACCUAAAUUAAUGAUAUUGUCUCUAAUGACAGAAUUUUAUCUCCCUUUGUCAACAUUUCAAUAAUUUUCUAUUUGAAUGUUGUGUGUUAAAAUAGCAUGUACGUUUUAGUACCAUUAUUUUUACAAAAUCAUUUACCUAAAUUAUGAUAAUGAACUUCAUAGGUUUCUUUUUUAUCAUGUGGAAUGAUUAAAUAAUCUUAGAGAAAAUCAGAUUCUCACCCUUUUUCAGAAAUCUUUUCCUUGAGAUUAUCAAACAUGUUUUUAAAUUAUUUUCUGACAUUUACACUUUUUUUGCAUCAACAAAUAUGAUUUAAAAUAGUGGAUAGUUAAUUUUCUAUUCAAUAAUACGUUGUUCUUUCACAAAUUGAGACAAUACCAACAUAGAGAUAGGUAGGUAUAUGAAUAAUUGUCAUUAUUGCAUAUCAAAGCCUCUCCAUUUAGAUACGUAGAAAAAUCUUUAGGUAGACAUAAUCAACAGUCUUAAAAUAGAAUCUGAAGUAGUCACCAUGCAAAAACCAAGACAAUCAAACUAGCAUCAAAUGGGUUUCUUACUGUUUGUAGGAAACAGUUUUUUUUUUUUAUCAUAGUUCUGAUUUAUUGGGUUAAUGAAAAUAUACAAGCAAGUCUUGGAAAUAUAUUUUUAAGUUUAUGAUAGUGUUUUGCCUUCAAAUUUUAAUAAAAAUUUUGGCCUACCAUUGAAAAAAGUUAUUUGAAGAAUUUGAUAAUGAUAAAUGACAUUUAUCUUCGAAAUAUUGAUAAAAAAGUAUCUUUAAUUAUUUAUAGAUUAUCUUUGAUUACCUCAACGAGAUUGAUUUUCUCGCUUGAGCUGGUACAGUGAAAGUGAGAAAAGCAAUCGAGUUGAGAUGACCAAUGAUAAUCUGUUUAUCGCUAUUUUACCUAUGACGACAUUGUCAAUUUCAAUGUCAAUUUCAUUAGCCACGUGGCCUCCUUAGUUUUUAGCGAUAAAUUUUCCAUAUCAAGCAAGAAGCAUGAUAUGAAAAUUAUCACAAAAAAGAUCAAAGGAAAAAUGCACAAAAUAGAAAUAAUGUAUGCUAGCAUAUUUUUCCAGUAGAAUUGUACCAAAAUUAAGUGUGCAAUAUCACUACAAACCAAUGUAGGAAAAUAUGACAUACUUUCAAAAAGUUUUCAAUCAAAUAAAAGGGUUAUUACAUAAAUACAUAUAAUUUCAGUACUGAAUUCCUUAACAAAUUAUUUAAAUAGCAUAAAUUAGAUCUCACAUUUUAUCAGUAUUUUGAAAUGAUAAUUGCUGCAUCAUUUUCUGAGUUUGCAGUAAAAUUAGUAUACAAUGUUAUACAUAUCCAAUGUAUUGAAGUUGAAAUUAUUUCUUAAUAUCUUGCAUGUGAAAGCAUUAUCAAUUUUUUUUCAAUCAUGUUUUUACAGGGGCAAAAAUUGCAAAUGGAUUGGCAUCUCAAAAAUCAAACCUUGCUUUAAAUUUAUUUAAAGCAUUCUUUGUUUUAUUUUUUGCAUUUCCUGAAAUUGUCAAUGUUUAACCGUCACAAUAAUAAAUUAAUUUCUGUACAUUCUUUACAUAUGUCAUUAGUGGAGAAUCAACUCAUUAAAUAACUUGUAUUUCUGUAGGAUCGUUUCACUUUUGUUUUUUACCAUAAUAUUAAAGCAUCAUCAUUGUUUUCUACUUCCAUCACACACUGAGAUAAAUGUUUUUGGGGUUGAGUUUUCUAGUUAGAUUGUCUUGUGAGUUAAACAAUCACGAUUUAGAUUUGUAGUUUCAAUACAGCCAUUCCUGUUUCACAAAUCCAUGAGCGAAAUCAUUCUUGUCUUAGACAACUGUACAACUAGAUUAUAGAUCUAGUUGUAGGGUAAAGAAGUUGUGUAUCCGUAGAUUAGUUGAGAAAUAUUACAUUAAAAGCGAGUCUUAAAAAUGAAUAAAUGGAGUUAAAAAAUUUGUAUAUAUGUAAGUAAGACCAUCAUGCUAUUAUGGUUAUACAGACAUUUCAAGUGCGUAAAAUAAAAAAAAGGUGGUAAAUUAAUAUAUGUUUAAAAAUUUAUACAUAUGCCUUAAAUAUACUAAAUUCUGGGUUGUUUAUAGAAAUUCGAGUACUGUUGCUGAAUAUUUAUAUUGGUAGUUUAUAUUUACAUUGUAGUUACUUCCCCUAACUGCAUUACUGUUUUGUAUACCAAUGAUAUGUUAGAAUAAUUAUAUAAGGAAGAGUGCUUGAUUUGUUUUGUGUUGAUCAGUUAUUUUAUAUGAACUUUGCCACUGUAUCCUAUGUUGAUAAUGAUUAAAGUGCUUCUUUUGAGAUUUUAUGUUUGAUUUAUCAACCAAGAUUUAUAAUAAAAAAAUGUGUUUAUGUUA